AUGGUCGACCAAGCUAGUGUUUCUCCUGCGAAAUUCCAGAGAGUCGAUUCACAACCUGAGAACCCGUUUGGCGCAUUGAUUGAUGAGCAGUCAAUCGCGGUUAUCCCAUCCUUCACCCUCGAAUCCGGCGUGACACUACACAAUGUUCCUGUAGCUUAUACCACUAGAGGUGUACUGUCGCCCACGGCAGAUAAUGCCCUGGUAAUCUGCCAUGCCCUCAGUGGAAGUGCCGAUGUUGCAGACUGGUGGGGUCCUUUGCUUGGUGGUCCCGGUCAGGCUUUUGAUGUCUCUCGAUUCUUCGUGGUCUGCUUCAACAGUCUUGGUAGUCCUUAUGGAAGCGCCAGCGCCGUGACAUACAAGGACGGCAAGCCUGAAAAUGGCCCUUAUGGCCCGGAAUUCCCCCCUCACCACUGUUCACUUGUGCUGGAUGAUCUCGGUGUCAAGCAGAUUGCAGCUGUGGUUGGUGGUUCCAUGGGAGGUAUGCUUACCCUCGAGUAUGCCUAUUUCGGAAAGGACUAUGUUCGGUGCAUUGUGCCAAUUGCGACCUCUGCACGCCAUUCCGCGUGGUGCAUCAGCUGGGGCGAGGCGCAGAGACAGAGCAUCUACUGUGACCCGAAGUACGACGACGGAUAUUAUCCCUUCGAUGACCCCCCCUCGGCUGGUCUAGGAGCAGCCCGCAUGUCGGCCUUGCUCACAUACCGCAGUCGCAACUCGUUCGAGUCCCGCUUUGGCCGUAACGUGCCGGAUCCAUCCAAGAAGCAAAAUAUCAACGGCGUCGAGAAGGCGCCAACUCCUCCGAACAAUGAGCACUGGGCGAUUCAUAAUGAUGGCCAUCGCGGUGGCUCAUCGCGUCCCGAGAGCCGACAGCACUCACCAGUCCCGCAGGUGGAGGAGGUCCAGUAUAUGGACCCCCAAUUCUCCGGUACCAAGAUCCUGUCGGGGCCGACUCCCCCCAAUUCGGGCCGAUCGCGACCAGCAACCUACUUCUCAGCUCAGUCCUACCUGCGGUACCAGGGAGAGAAAUUUGUCAAGCGGUUUGAUGCCAAUUGCUAUAUCGCGAUUACUCGAAAGCUUGACACCCAUGAUGUGUCCCGGCAUCGUGCAAGUCCGGAUUCGGACGAUCCUGUUCGGGAGGCUCUGUCUCAAAUUCAACAGCCCACCCUCGUUAUUGGAAUUGAAACAGACGGUCUCUUUACCUUUGCGGAGCAGCAGGAGAUCGCGGCAGGCAUUCCCGAUUCACGACUCAAACGCAUUGAUAGCCCGGAGGGCCACGACGCUUUCCUUUUGCAAUUUGAACAAGUCAACCGUUACAUUGUCGAGUUUUUCCACGAAGUGCUGCCAGACAUCAUGGCCCAGAAAACGGCGGAAGGAGCUGCCGCCGUUGCGAGUGUGACCAAGCUCGCGAAGAGUAGCACCUUCGGCGAGGCUGAGGUGGAUGAUAUCACAGCAUGGUAA